GAUCCGCCUUAAAUCGCGUCGUUUAGGAGGUUUAUUCGCCUGUAGAGAUGAGGAACGCGGCGAGGGGAGGGAUGAGUCAAUGCAACUAAUAAUUUAAUGGGGACAGAGCGAGAGAGAGAGAGAGAGACAGGCAGAGAGAGAGAGCAAGAGAGAGAGAGACUCGCACACAGAGAACAGAAGGGAAAGAGAAAGAAACGGACCGAACGCGAAUGUUACAAAUGUUACGCGCGGAAGAUACAAUGUAGCGCUAAUGUGUGUCAGGAAUGUUCGGAACGCUUUGUUGUUACAUUCGACGCGCGAAAGUGUAUCGCGGACUUUUAAAGCGGCUUUCUGGGAUCCGCAUAUCGAGCAGCAUCGGCUUGAGAUGAGCAGGCAGGUCGCCGUGGCUUCGCGCGGUUGUUUGGACAGAUGAGAGGCGAUUUACACGCGUUUUGUUUUCCUGUACGCUUGUGUUAUUAAAGCGAAAUGGGAUGUAUAGGGAAGGCUGGCGGUUACUUUUGUUUUUAAGGAUUAUUUUGCGCACAGAACGGGCGAUUGUCCCGGUGGAUGUUCCCCGCGGUCGCCUAUAAACUCUAUUGAACUCUAUCGUUGCAGAAAAGCAUCUGCACUUUCCUUUAGAUAUCUUGAAAUUUUAAAGUAGACUUUGCGGGUCAUGUAUUUAUAGUUGUAAAUCUAUUAGCCUGUGUGCCAGAAUUAGUGACUUCAUCUGUGAUAUUAGGGUCUUCGGUGCAUGGGAAAACUGAAAGUUUCGUAUGUUAAAGAUUAGUUUUUAUUUUGAGGAUUUUGAUGAGUGUUGUCAAAUUAAAGUGAAUCAAAACUUCUGCUAAAACUUGAAGGCGCUGUUCAUCUCUUAUAUGCUCCUCUUAAAGUGGUGAUCGUGAGUAGUGGUGCUGAGAACCAUGGAUCAUCUCAGCGAAACUUGUCUGGGGAAGGAGAACUGUGAGAUGGUCAACAAUAUGAAUGACACCAAGGCCCCUCCCGCUAAACUGGCCCGCCUGGAACAGAAUGGAAGCCCGCUUGGCCGAUCUCGUCUGGGUAGCACUGGCACAAAACUCGCUGGUGUGCCCUUCAAACCCUCUGGACAUCACCUGAAGACCUGCCACAAGAGGGGUAACAUGCUGCCAGUGUUUUGUGUGGUGGAGCACUACGAGAGCCCGAUCGAGUUUGACAGCAAAGAGGAACAUGCCGAGUUCGUCCUGGUCAGGAAGGACAUGCUCUUCAACCAGCUCAUCGAGAUGGCCCUGCUCUCGCUCGGUUACUCGCACAGUUCGGCCGCACAGGCUAAAGGUAUGAUUCAGGUGGGCAAGUGGAACCCCGUACCGCUUUCCUACGUGACCGAUGCGCCCGACGCCACAGUGGCAGACAUGUUACAGGAUGUGUACCAUGUGGUCACGCUGAAAAUCCAGCUUCACAGUUGCCCUAAACUAGAAGACCUUCCACCAGAGCAGUGGACCCACUCUACAGUAAGAAAUGCCCUCAAGGAGUUACUCAAAGACAUGAACCAGAGCUCUUUGGCAAAAGAAUGUCCCUUAUCACAGAGUAUGAUUUCAUCAAUUGUUAACAGCACUUACUAUGCAAAUGUGUCUGCUGCGAAGUGUCAAGAAUUCGGACGCUGGUAUAAACAUUUCAAGAAGACAAAAGAUAUGAUAGUCGUGCGCCAGCCCUCCCAGCUGGAGGGCUACCUGGGGACUUGUGUCCUCCAUGACAGUCCACGUGCCACCACAUUAGCCGAAAUGGACGGUCUGUCUGAUCUUUCACCACCUGGACCCAACCACCUCAGUUUUAGCCAGCAGCCCAUCCCGGGCAGCACCGCCGAGCAGCCGCCAUCUCCGGUGCCCCUGUCCCACACCAGUCAGGCUCCCAGCAGGGCCCAGCUGCCCGGCCUUCACCCCGGUCUGGUGUCCACACCCAUGAGCCCUCAGCUUGUGAGCCAGCAGAUCGUGAUGGCACAGAUCCUCAACCAGCAGUACGCCGUCAACCGCUUGCUCGCCCAGCAGUCUCUGAGCCAGCAGUACCUGAACCACCCACCCGUCAAUCGCGCCCUGAACAAACCCCUGGAUACGCAGGUGUCCAACAACUCCGAGGUCUCUUUGGAGAUCUACCAGUGGGUGAGAGAUGAGCUGAAAAGGGCCGGCAUCUCACAGGCGGUAUUCGCCCGUGUGGCCUUCAACAGGACGCAGGGUCUUCUCUCGGAAAUUCUCAGGAAGGAGGAAGACCCCAAGACCGCGUCUCAGUCUCUCCUGGUCAACCUUCGAGCGAUGCAAAACUUCCUACAGCUCCCGGAGGCGGAGCGCGAUCGCAUCUAUCAGGACGAGAGGGAACGUAGUUUGACCGCUGCCUCUGCGAUGGGUCCCGCCCCCCUCAUUAGUUCCCCAGCGCCACGCCCUGCACAGCCCAGAAGAGAGGAGUGUAAUAAUGUAAGACCGGAAGACUGGAAUCCCAGAAUUCCAGUGGGGAUCUCUCCUGUGAGUGUAUACAGCAUGGUAAAGCCCAACUCUUUGUCAUCUGAGUGGAAUGGAAAGUCUGAAAGUUGUGUGUUAAAUAUCAACUCCUCCAUCUAUGAUGAGAUCCAACAGGAGAUGAAGAGAGCCAAAGUGUCUCAGGCCAUGUUUGCCAAGGUUGCUGCUUCAAAGAGCCAGGGUUGGCUUUGUGAACUCCUGCGCUGGAAAGAAGAUCCGUCCCCGGAGAACCGCACGCUCUGGGAGAACCUCUCCAUGAUCCGCCGGUUCCUCAGUUUGUCCCAAUCGGAACGUGAUGCCAUAUACGAGCAGGAGAGCAACGGUGGGCAACAGCAUCACGCAGACAGACCCUCGCAUAUGAUGCACAUACCCACAGAUCCACUGCAGGCUCAUCAACAGCCCCCCUCUCAGCUCCAGACACCUCUGCCCCUGCCACACCCAUCUCAGACUCCUCUAUCCCAGCAGCCCAUGCAGCAGCAGCAACAGAUGGGGCCACGGCUACCACCCCGACAGCCCUCCACGGCCUCGCCCGCAGAGACUGAGGACGACAACCGAAGCAAGAGUCGCCAAGGCAACCGCAUCUCCAUGGAGGCGCUGGGCAUCUUGCAGAGCUUCAUCCAGGACGUCGGCUUGUAUCCGGACGAGGAGGCCAUCCACACCCUUUCCGCACAGCUGGACCUGCCCAAACACACCAUCAUUAAGUUCUUCCAGAACCAGCGCUUCUACGUCAACCACGCCGGCAAGCUAAAAGAGACGCCCAUCGGUUUCCUAUCCAAUAACAACAACAACAAGGACGAGGGCCUAACGGACUUCAAAGAAGGCGAGCUUAUCACGGAGCUUGAUGAGAGCGUGCAGACCAACAGCUCCAUGUUCUCCAUAAAAAUGGAAGAGCACAUGGUGCCUGAAGCUCACGCUCCGUGUCAGGCCCAAACUGAGCAGGAGGCUAAAGAGUAACACUGGCCUCGCGGACCUUUCAUUUGAUUCUAGUAUCUCUCUCUCUUGUUCUCUUUGCCUCUGUCUCUGGACUUUUUACACAAGACUGAAUUAUACAGAGGUCAUUCACCUUCACGAUUUUGUAAAGCGUGUAUUAUUUCACUGUAAAGACUCAUUUCAAUGAUCUGCACAAUAAACUAUGUAAAACAAACCCAACAAAAAAAAUCUUUACAGAAGGAACCAAGUUUACCAGAAAAAUUUAUAUUUAGUCAUUAUUUACUCAGCCCAGUGUUGUUGCGAACCAGACGUUUUAAGACGUUUUUUGUAAAGAAUAUCCUGGUUGCUUUUUCAUUUCAUGAAAGUGAAUGGGGACUGGGGCUGUCAACAUGUAGUGAUCCAUAAUGACUUCGGAUACUGUGGAUAGUGCGUACUGAAUUAGAAGAAGUACAUACUCAUUGACCAUUAAAACAGUACAUGAAAUUCAUCAUCCUAACAACAAGCAGUGUUGCGGAUAACGCAUUACAAGUAAAUAACGCAUUACAACUUUUUUUCUUAAAAAAGUAAAAAAAGUAACGAAUAAAGUAACGCAUUACUUUAUAAAUGUACACAUUAACUCUUUCACCGCCAGCGUUUUUAAAAAAAGUUGCCAGCCAGCGCCAGUGUUUUUCAUGAUUUUCACCAAAGUUUAAUGCCUUCCAGAAAAUGUUCUUCUUUAAAUAUAUAAACAUACAAUAUACCAAAUGAAAGAACAGACCCUCUGCUUUCAAACAAAAAAACCUGUUUCAUCCUUCCUUUAGGGGUUCUUUUGCAAUCAGCUUUUGAAUAUGGGUAGGUUUCUGCAAAAUCACCACAUUUUGAGCAAAAAGCAGAGAUAAUUCCAUUUUUGUGACGGACUUUUCAUAGAGAUCCCAUUCAGAGCGAUCUUUAAAACAGACACGGACAUGCAGCAGCUUGCCAUAGGGCAAUACUUCCGGGUUUAAAAAGAUGCGGUCACCUGGUGGAUAAUAGCGGUAUUGCGGAAAGACGGAAAAUCUCGUCAUUGGCGGGGAAGCGUUUUCUCUUAAUUGAUGAGAUAUCUCGUCAAUGGCGGGGAAAGAGUUAAUAUUUGAGUUACUUUUUUAAAAAACUAAUGCGAGUUACUUUUCUACGGAGCCCCUAAGGGGACAUGGAGCAAAAAUUAAAUAAAGUUUAGUUUCGCAUGCGCACGUGAAACUAUCGCAUGUGCACAUGAAACUAUCGAGUUUAGUUUUGCGUGCGCACGUGAAACUAUCGCAUGCUCACGUGAGAACUAAACUUUAGAUUUUUUAACUCCAAUGCCACCUUAGGGGCUCGGUACUUUUCAUUUUAAUUCAUUUAAAAAAAUUAUUUAUUAAAAAAUUAUGUGCGGAAUUAAACUGAAUGUAGUCACGUUUGAGUCAGAAAACGGAGAUGGCAGGCCAGAGCUUGACAUUUUUGUGAUGGAAAUAUGCAAUUUCUUAAUGCAGAACUUCUAAGUCAUAAAACUGAAAGAGAUCAAGCCUUAGCCAAGUAUGAAGAAAUAACGCAAAAGUAACUUAUAAGUAAUGCAUGUAUUACUUUCCAUGAAAAGUAACUAAGUAACACAUUUAGUUACUUUUUGGGGUAGUAACUUCAUAUUGUAAUGCAUUACUUUUAAAAGUAACUUUCCCAAACACUGCCAACAAGCGAGUCGUUAACUUGAAUGAUGUGAGAAAUGUUUUACUUAUGUAUUUGCAUUUGAAUAGAGAUGCGUUAAUGCUUUCCGACAUUUUUUAAUAUGAUGACGCCCCUACUUCUUCUCUGUUGGGUGACUUCUCUCCCGGGGGCUCACCGGAUAGUAAAAUGUCCAUCGAAUGCACACUUGACGUAGUAGUACUGUUUUUUGCAUACUGUUUUUCGAAUACUACUGAUUUUCGCCUACUAUAGUAUGGAAGUAUGCAAUUUUGGAUGCAGUGUUAGAAUCCAGACUUUUCCUCACAAAAGCGUAGAAGUUUGAACAUAUAGGGGCGGUUUCCCGGACAGGGUUUAGGUUAAUCCAGGACUAGGCCUUAGUUAUAUUAAGACUUUUAAGCCGUUUUUACAAAUAUAAAAAAAAACAAUACUGGUGUGCAUCUUGAGACAAAACAAUGGCACUGAUAUUUGUUAAGAUAAGUCAGGGCAAGAUGUUUUUAAAUUAAGUUAGCUUAAACAUGCAUUUUAGUCUGGGACUAGCAUAAGCCCUGUCCGGGAAAUGUUUUAAUGAGGAUUUUAUGAUACUUUGUUUCAGUCUGGAGCAAGAGAUCCCCAGUUCCCAUUCACUUUUUAUUACAUGAAUAAAGCAGCCAAGAGAUUCUUUAAAGAAAUGUAAGAAUGGCACAUGGGUUCAGAAUGACAUAAAGGCGACUCAAUAAUGACGAAAUUUUAAUUUCACAACUAUUUCUUUCGAUCAAAGUAUGUUUUGCUGUGGAUAUUUGCCGACUGCACUUCUUGUCUGUUGUUUUUACACUGAUUUUGAGCUACUGAUUUAAAAAAAGGAAAGUCAAUGGCGUUUGAUAGACUUUGAUGUUUACGUGUGAUGUUAACUGGAUUUUUUUUAAAACAUGCAUGAAAUCGGAGAAGAAGAGGAGACGACAAAGGCCUUAAUGGUAAAAUACUGAGUCGAGCACUGCUGGCUAAUGAGUAAAGAAGAUUUACUCUUGAUCUAUAUAACCUGCAGGUAAACCGUUAAAAGCGGCUCAAUCUUGUUACUUGGUUUGAAGAAAUAUGAAUCUCUCUCUCUAUAUAUAUAUAUAGACAUAUAUAUAUUAAUUGUAAAAAAAUUAUACAGUCUAUGCCAACAAAUGCCUUGUACUAUAUAUGGCACUGCCGAUGUUAGAUUAUUUUGCAAAACUUUGGUCACUGUAAUAUCUUGAAUUUCCACCGUUUGAAAUGUGAAUCACAACCUUGUUCGUUUCUCAUCGUCCUGCAUUAUUUAUUUUGGGGUUCAUGCCGUCACUGGACGCUUUUCAUUUUACUGAUCUUUUUCUAUUUGGAGAUGUAAUUUUGAUGGGCAGUAAAAUCAGAAGUGUCUUAACGUUUUAAAUGGAACCAUGUGCUUUAACGGUUGCCUAAAAAAAGUGCUGUACGUCAAGCAACUCACGCUACAAGCUUCACAAUUACUGUCGUAUGCAAUUUUUACUAUCAUGCAAAUAAGCUUAGGUAAAUGACUAACCUAUAGACCACCUUAGAGAGAUGAAAACAUAUGCAAUUUGUGUGAAAUCGAUGUUUGCAAUGUGUCUUCCUUCGGUUAACAAAUUCAAAGCUAUUCCUGUAAAAAUACGAUGUAUAAAAAAAGUGUUUCUUUUUUAUGAGUUUAUUGCAAUGAGAUCACCAGUUAUUUUGUUACGACUGACUGUUUUAUAUGUGUUACUUGGUUUCUUUAUGCAGAAAUGUUCUGACUAGGAGUGGUAACUGAUUGUUAAUGACACAAUUAAACUGUUUGUAUUGUU